AUGCCGGCCUAUCAUUCCAAGUUCACUGAUGGAAAUCUACUAGUUGCCAAUAUGGCCAUUCUUCCACUUCGCACCAACUUCAAAGGACCUGCACCCAGAAUAAAUAGCGGAGAAGACAUUAUUGAUGAAGCACUUGCAUAUUUCAAACCAAAUAUCUUCUUUCGUGAGUACGAAAUCAAAGGUCCUGCCGAUCGUACACUCAUUUACCUCACAUUCUAUAUCUCUGAAUGCUUACGAAAAUUGCAAAAGAGUCCGAAUAAGACACAAGGAGUGAAAGAUAUGACUUCAUUGGCGUUGAAUCACCAAUUACCAAUCCCUGGUGAAAUGGAAUUUCCACUCAACAGUAUGUAUAAAGCACCAGCAAAAGGACAAGAGGAAGACACUAUGCGAGCAUACUUACAGCAGCUCAGGCAAGAGUUGGGGUUACGUCUUUGUGAUCGUGUUUUCGAUCCGAAAACUGAUAGACCGCUUAAGUGGUGGAUGUGUUUCGCUCGCAGAAGAUUCAUGGAUAAAGGUUUGGUGAGUCCGGGUACGGUUCUUUAG